CUUAAAUAUGGAUCUUGGGUAUUUCUCUGCUGAAACUCUUUAAUUAUGCAAAUCGAAUCAGUUUUCAGCACAAUGUUGUUGCUAUUUCGCUCCUUCUACACCCGAAAUUUUUGUGUAUCAAUACGCAAAAGCAAUAAUUUUUAUGAUAUCAAUAAACCAUGAUGAAAAACGUGAUAAUCGCUGAUCAGAUUAAAUGGUCGCCUGGCGCCAGCUGAUUACCGCCGGAUGGCUAUGGAUGGCUCUAGGCGAUGCUGGUCAACAGUAAAAAACCUCAAGGUCGCAACGGUUGUUAACUUUAUGGCUUCUAUUUGGCCGAACAGAGCACCGUGUUUUUGCUACAGGUUAAAUGGAUGAGAUGACGGCACGGACGGAUGGACAGAUCGAUGGAUUGAUGGAUGAAUGGAUUGAAUGGAUGGGCAAAAAAGGCUGGCGAAAAUUGAUUUCAUCCAUUGUUUCCCCUCCCCCCACCAGCAGCCUGCAUUCCAACCAAUGUAACUUGAUAAGCUUUGUUUGGCUAUCGGAAAGACCAUACAGCGAAAGAAGAGCCAGUUCCAAAUACUGAAUACCGAAUAUCAAAUAUCAAAUACCAAACGCCGAAUACCAAACCGUGGACGGACGCAAUAAUCGUUUGGGAAUUCCCAGCUAGAAAUAUGUGGUUGAACAAACUAAAAAGUGUAGAAAAACCGAGCCGGUCUCGUCUAGUUUUCGUCUCGUACAACUCGUUUUUUGAUGCUCCGCCAAAUGUUUUAGCAUAUAAAAUAUGAAGAAAAACAUUUCUUUUAUUGAAAGCAUGACCAUUUAUAGUGGCUUUUGCUAAACAAGUUUGAUGCUCCGCUCGGCUCUGCUCUGCUCUCCUCUGCUGAUGACCCGAGCCUGCCUGCCCUGAUGCGAUGCGAUGCGGUGCUGGUCUAUCGAUUUACAAUCUGAGCGACCGCCAAAGGUUGUCGUAUUAAUGCGACUCACUCUUGGGCUAUGGUUAGGGCUAGUGCUGCUUGUAGUUGGCUCUGACACUGGAAAAUUAUCAUAAUGACGGCAGCAACAUUUGCAAGAAUAGGGCGACAAGAUAGCACUGCGCUUUGUCCGCAGCGAUGGCGCCAUUGUUUUAUCGCUUUGGCGUCUCUGUCGAAGGUGGACAGCCAUUCGAGAGACAAAGGCAGCGGCAGAAGAAGCUACUGCCGAUCGGCAGCGGCUGAGGAAACAGCAGCAACAGCAACAACCACAUGGCCAGAGCCCAGAGCAGCCUCCGUGGCCACGGCAAAAGUCUGCAUGAACUUGAGCGCAGUCUAGUGACACCGAUCGGUGGUUUUCGUAUAAAUACUGGACCUUUCGGUGAUGCAAACGUCAGACACAACUCAGUGGUCGAAGUCAAAGAACUAAAUUCAAAAUGCGUGCAUUCAUUGUUAUGUGCUUGGUGGCAGUCGCCUGCGCCGAUAAGCUCGGCUACAACUACCAGCCCGUGGGACACUCCAACUCCGGCCUGUCCUUCGCUCCUGGUAGCGGCAGCAUUGGCGGUGGCAGCAUCGGCGGUGGCAGCAUCGGCGGUGGCAGCAUCGGCGGUGGCAGCAUCGGCGGCAGCAGCAUUGGCGGCGGCAGUAUUGGAGGUGGACUCGGAGGACUUGGAGGAAUUGGAGGUAGUCUCGGAGGUGGCAGCAUUGGUGGCGGAUCCCUAGGCGGUGGCAGCAUUGGCGGUGGCAGCAUCGGUGGUGGCAGCCUCGGUGGUCUGGGCGGCCUUGGUGGCCAGUCCGGCGAUUCUCUCAGCGCUCCCGUCUCCUACAACGCCCCUGCCCCAGCUGCCGAGCUCGAGAAGGAGUUCUUCACCUUCACCGCCAACGAACAGGACUUCGAUGAGCCCCAAGCUUUGGAACGCGUCUCUAGCUCUCUGAACAAGGCUCUGCGCGUCGUCUUCAUCAAGGGACCCGAGAACCGUGGUCUGGAGAACGCUGCCCUGGCCCUGGCCAAGCAGGCUGCCCAGCAGGAGACCGCCAUCUAUGUCCUGAACAAGCAGGCUGAUAUCGGAGAUCUGGCCAGCAAGCUGAAUGCCAUCCGCAGCAACAACAACAACAAGCCCGAGGUGCACUUCGUCAAGUACCGCACUCCCGAGGACGCUGCCAACGCCCAGCGCGCCAUCCAGGGUCAGUACGAUCAGCUCGGUGGAUCUUCCCAGGCUCACAACGGUGGUGUUGCUCCCGUCCUGAACUUCGCCUCGGCGGGACCAGUGCGUCAGGCUACCGCCCAGAACCCCGACAACUCCUACCUGCCCAGCUCCGUCUUCCGUCGCGUCUAAGUUGCUCGUUUGAUUCUGAAAUUCUGAAUCGAAAACGCCAGCGAUCUUUGACUGAUUUUAAAUCCUAGUUA